UUGACCUGCUGACACGAACUAAGGAGAUGCUAGCCACUUCGAAUCUGAGACUGCACAAGUUCGCCUCUAAUAGUAAGGAAGUAAUGAACGCAUUCGGUUGAAGAUCAUGCAAAAGGGUUUAAAGAUCUCAACUUGGAUGUUGAUCCUACUCCCAUCCAACGUAGUCUAGGACUUAGCUGGGAUGUGAAGAGAGACACAUUCACCUUUCAGGUAACAGAUAUCAGGAAACCUUUUACUCGCAGAGGGAUACUUGCUACUGUGAACAGUCUCUUCGACCCUCUUGGGUUCGUUGCCCCUAUCAUCAUCGAAGGAAAAUUCCUGUUAAGAGAACUCUCAAGUGAAGCUCUUGACUGGGACUCUCCUCUACCUGGAGAUAAAGAAGAAGCAUGGGAGGCAUGGAGGAAAUCUUUACAAGGGCUCAAAGAACUGGAGAUUCCAAGACCAUAUGUUGAUAUUACCCUCUCUACAGCCCUGAGAAAGGAACUACAUGUUUUCUCAGAUGCUUCUGUCAGAGCGAUUGCAGCAGUGGCAUAUCUUCGUGUCAUCAGUGAAGAAGGUACAUGUCACACUGGGUUUGUCCUAGGGAAGGCGAAGUUAGCUCCACAAGCUGCUCAUACGAUUCCCAGAUUGGAAUUGGGAGCUGCAGUUUUAGCUGCAGAGUUAGCAGAGACAAUCAUGGAUGAGCUGGACUUCUCUCUAGAUGCUGUGGAGUUUUACACGGAUAGCAGAGUUGUCCUGGGAUAUAUCUAUAACCAGACGAGACGUUUUUAUGUAUACGUUGCCAACAGAGUGCAGCGUAUCAGGAAGGUGUCAAACCCAACACAGUGGCAUUAUAUCUCUACGAAGCAUAACCCUGCAGACCACGCCACUCGUUCUGUACCAGCAGAUCUGUUGAGCACCACCACUUGGCUUACAGGACCUGCUUUCCUGUUACAAGCAAAAAAAAGUUCAUCAUCGGAGGAGGAGAGGUUUGAUCUCAUUGAGCCAGAUUCAGACACAGAGGUUCGUUCUCUUGUCACCACUCUAUCCACUGAUGGUUCUUACCUCAGAUGUCAACGCUUUGAGCGAUUCUCUUCUUGGAGGUCUCUAGUCAGAGCCAUAGCUUCCCUCAUACACAUCGUCCAGGCUUACAAGGCGAAUGAUCAUCACAACACCUGUAGAUCAUGGCACCACUGCUCAAAGCCUCGCUCAGUGGAAGAAUUGUUACAAGCAGAAGCAGCCAUAAUAAAGAGUGUGCAGAGAGAAGCCUACAAAGAAGAGCUUAACUGCAUUGUUGAGAGAAACGACAUUCCAAGAAACAGUCCUCUGCAAAAGCUGAACCCUUACCUGGACAAUGGAGGGCUUCUCAGGAUAGGAGGUCGGCUUAAGAACGCAACACUGGAUCUUAAUGAGAAGUUUCCUUUGAUUAUUCCAGGCCACAGUCAUGUCGCAAAAUUACUUGUGGAGCAUUAUCAUGAUCGAGUCAAACAUCAGGGUCGUGUGUUAACCGAAUCCGCUAUCCGCACCGCAGGGUAUUGGAUUGUGGGUGUCAGGAAGCUUAUCAACAGCAUCCUACACAAGUGUGUCAUAUGCAACAAGCUUCGUGGGAAGGUAACUGAGCAGAAGAUGGCUGAUCUACCCAUCGAUCGCCUGAGCACUGAACCACCAUUCACUUACGUUGGUCUUGAUGUUUUUGGACCGUGGACAGUUGUUGCAAGGCGCACGCGAGGAGGACAAGCUCAGAGCAAAAGAUGGGCUGUUCUUUUCACUUGUAUGACCACUCGUGCGAUACACAUCGAGCUGAUUGACUGCAUGGAUUCGUCCACCUUUAUAAACGCCUUGAGAAGGUUUUUUGCUUUGCGAGGACCUGCAAAACAAAUCCGUUCUGACUGUGGGACCAAUUUUGUAGGAGCCUGUAAGGAGCUGGAAAUUGGGCUAGCUGACUCUCGAGAGCCUAACGUGAAGAGGUACCUUAGUGGAGAAGGUUGUACAUGGGUCUUCAAUCCUCCUCACGCAUCCCACAUGGGAGGCGCCUGGGAGCGGAUGAUUGGAGUCUCCAGGCGCAUACUGGAUUCCAUGUUUCAACAGAUUAGUCCUUCUUGCUUAACACAUGAAGUGUUGUCUACUCUGAUGGCAGAGGUUACAGGAAUUGUUAACUCAAGACCUCUUGCUCCUAUUUCUACAGACCCAGACUCACCUUUCUUGUUGACGCCAGCUAUGCUUCUAACUCAAAAGGGUCGUACACUCCUCCCGCCUCCUGGUGAAUUUAAGGAAACCAAUCUCCACAGACAACAGUGGAGACGAGUACAACAUCUCGCCAACACUUUCUGGAACAGAUGGAGGCGUGAAUACCUCACAACACUCCAAAGCCGAAGCAAAUGGCAAAAGGAACGACGAAACUUAAAAGAGGGUGACGUAGUCCUUCUAAAGGAUGCUCAAGCCAAGCGUAAUGAAUGGCCUAUGGCUCUUGUAACCAAGAUUUUCUUCAGCAGUGACAAAAAGGUGAGAACAGUUGAGCUAAGAGUUGCAAGAAAUGGGACAAUCAAGACAUUCCUUAGACCUAUAUCCGAAACAAUUCUCCUCAUGCCAGCAGAGGACUGAAACUUUGUAAGGACUUCUUGUGUGGACAUUCUCUGUAUCUCAGCUGAUUAUAUAGUGGUAUCUGAACAAUACCAGGCGGGGAGUGUCAUGUCAUGUAUUCGUUUGUUAUUUUUUAGCACCAUCUUGUGGCAGUUUGGUGUAACAACCAAGUACAUUGAUAAUUGUGAGCUAUUUUCUUAGUGGUUGAUUUAGACCAUGUGACUCUUGGGUUAGAGGUUAACCAGAAAAUAAUCGCAGUGUUCCAGAUUCUCUCCAUGCGGUUGUCCAAGAAGUUCUUUACUCUGUUUCCUUUGCGUUUAGUGCCUUGGAAAGGCUUUGCCUUUUUACAAAAAAGAAAAGAAUAAGAAACGGAAGAGGAAAGAACCUAACAGUAAAACGUUCAACUUUACUCCUGCGUCUGACCCUUUUCUGAAUUCUGACUGUUAGCUAUCUGUCAGUGUUGCGUAGAUGGAACACGCUUCUAGGACAGAAUAGUAACAUUUCAACUUGGAAUAUACAUGUUUUUCAACUACAUGUGAUUCAACUUCUAAAUACCCCACAUCAUUAGGCACAUAUGAAACCUUCAAAAAAUAUUCAUCAUAUUUUAAUAUAUCAUAUUCAAAAUAUCAUAUUUUCCCACCUCAGGCAUUAAAGACCUUUUAUCAAUUUGAGUUUUUUUCCAGCUUUUUUUUUUUCCUCAACCCCGUAACGGACAAAAUGGGAUUGGUUUAAAAAGGAUUUUACACAGAAAUCGUUAUAAAACAAACAUCUACCUACUGCUCUU